UUUCAAUGCGCUGUAAUUGCUGAAUUAACGUCUGGAUAAGUUUGACAAUUUUUUUUCUUCACUGUUUACUUACAAAUCACUUAUAAAACGUCUAUGAAAUGGCAGAAGCUGAGGAUUCAAAGGAAAAUAUUUUGAAAAAUGGUGAAGAUAAUGAGCAACAGAAACAAAUGGAUAGGAACACACUUGCAGCAGUAUUACAGUUUUUACAGAAAAAUAACUUGAAGGAAACUGCAGCACUCUUGAAAAAAGAGGCUGAUGUUCAGGAAAAGGAUGUACGGACCACUGCAAGCAAUGACCAGGAUGUAUCAUCAGUUCUCUCCGCUUACACUAAUGAAAGUGAUCCAACUUUUUAUCAUGAGCACUACAAUAAUCUAAUGCAGUUUAUCGAGAACUCCCUUGAUGUCCAGAAGAGUGAGCUGUCUCAGAUGUUGUAUCCAGUAUUUGUUCACAUGUAUCUUGAAUUAGUCUACAAUGAUCAUGAACAGAAAGCUAAACACUUCUUUGAUGAGUUCAGCAAAGAACAAGAAGAAUAUCACCAAGAAGAUAUAACAAAGCUGUCAGUUGUCACUAAAAAGGAUCACAUGACAAAGAACGAGCUAAUGGUUUGCUUCAGGACAAGUAAAUAUGUGAUUCGUCUUUCACGUGAUUCUUACCAGUCUCUCAGAAGGUACUUAAAGGAUAAACAGAACAGCACAGUGCUAACAAUACUAGAGGACCACCUUUAUGUUGAUGUAUUUGAUGGAAUGCCAAGGAACAAGGAGCAGAUCAGUGCAAAGGCUGGUGGGAUGGUCGGAGAAGCAAGACGAGAUGCUAACAAAGCUAAAGUGUUUUAUGGGCUGUUGAAAGAGCCAGAUAUCAACUUGCAGCUAGACGAUGAAGAGGAAAGUGGCGAGGGUGAUGACAAGCCAAAGAAAAAGAAACCGAAAAAGGAUUCCUUGUCCUCGAAGAAGAAUAAACCAGAUCCAAAUGCUCCCCCUAAUACUAGGGUUCCCCUUCCAGAGCUGAAAGAUUCAGAUAAAUUAGCAAGAGCAAUUGCGUUGCGAGAAUCUGCUAAAAGAAUUCGACUGGCAGCCGACUCGUUGCCGUCAAUCUGUUUUUACUCAUUCUUAAAUGCUUACGAUGGGUUGAUAUCCGCUGAUAUCAGUGACGACUCAAGUAUGAUGACGUGUGGUUUUGCUGACUCGUGUGUGCGUGUCUGGUCCGUGACGCCGAAGAAACUCAGAAAUAUGAAACCCUUGAAACAACUAGAUGCUAUUGACAAAGAAGCCGAUGAUGUCCUUGAAAGAAUUAUGGAUGAGAGAACGGCAUCAGAAAGUAAGACGAUGUUAGGCCACAGUGGUCCGGUGUAUUCAACAUGCUUCAGCCCGGACAAAUCGUUUGUCUUGUCAUCCUCAGAAGAUGCUACAGUUCGUUUAUGGAGUACCUAUACUUAUACAAACUUAGUGUGUUAUAAAGGCCAUAAUUAUCCUGUGUGGGAUUGCUGUUUUGGUCCAUAUGGUCAUUAUUUUGCUUCUGCUGGACAUGACAGAGUAGCGAGACUGUGGGCUACAGAAUAUCACCAGCCUCUACGGAUCCUUGCUGGACACUUCUCAGAUGUAGAUAGCAUUCGUUUUCACCCUAACUCAAAUUAUGUAGUAACAGGGUCAAGUGAUAGGACAAUACGAUUAUGGGAUGUCACAGAUGGCAAGUGUGUGCGCAUUCUUACAGGUCAUAAGGGCUCUAUAUUAUCACUAGCUUUUUCUCCAGAUGGCCACUACCUAGCCUCAGCGGGGACAGAUAAGCGAGUAUUAAUAUGGGAGAUGAGACAUGGAUACUUGUUGGGAGAACUUAAGGGGCACACUGAUGCAAUCUACACAGUAUCAUUUAGCAGGGAUGGCAAUAUCCUAGCAUCAGGUGGCUCUGACAACUGUGUGAAAUUAUGGGAUGCCCAGAAGGUGUUAAAGGAAGCUGCAUCAGAGGACAUAGCAGGAUCACAGCCACCAAUCAUAUCCAACAUAGAUGAAACUCUGCUUGGCUCCUAUCCUACCAAGACCACAAGUGUACAUCAUGUCCAUUUCACCAGAAGGAAUCUACUGUUAGCUGCAGGCCCAUAUGCAGCAAGCUCAUGAAAAAAACUUAAAGGGUGGGAGAGAGAUGGUGAGGGGGUCAUGGCUUUGAGGACGUAUGUGUGUUCAGCAGGCAAAUGGGGAAGCAUGCCAAGUGCUGUCUGCUGGGCUUCAGUAUUUUGAGUGAUGAUAAUGACAAUGAUAGCACAUCUAUUUAAUGAUAAUGUUUUUAAUGAUAAUAAUGGCCAUCAUAAUGAGGCCAUGAAGCCACGAAAACAGUGGCCAUAAACAUGGAGGUAAUAACUGAUGAUGGUGGUGGUAACUGAUGAUGUUGAUAAUGAUGAAGAUGGCGAUGAUAAUGAUGAUGAAGAUAGCGAUGAUGGUGGUGGUGGUAAUGAUGAUGGUGCUGAUGAUGAUAAUGGUGCUUAUGAUAAAGAAGACAGUGGUGGUAAAGAUAAUAUUGUUACAUUGGAUAUAAUGAUGAUGGUAGUGAUGAUGAUGAUGGUAGUGAUGAUGAUGUUAAUGUAACAUUUUAAUUAUAAGUCUCUACCAAGUUUUUUAAAAAAUCGAAUGAAUUAUAAAAAAAAAUAUCUGAGUUUUUCAUGGCAUCAUGUUAUAGAUCAGAGAGUAAAAAACUAAAAAUCUAAAUUUUUCUAAAUUACAUACCAAAGUAAUGAUUUAAUAAUAAAUGGUCACAUGAUCUGUAAGAUAUUUCAGAUCCCUGAAUAAAGUUGCUGCGAGGACAGUGAAAGAUAUGAACCAUGGAACUAUCCAUGUAAAAGGAAGACACUGAAAGAUAACAGUCGUACUACAUUGUUUACUAACGUGUUAUUUUCUUAUCUUGCAUCAUCAAUUAAGUGAUGAAAACUUGUAAAUUGUCCCAUUAAUAACAAAAUGUGGAAAAUGAACAUUUUCGAAAUAUUGUAAA